AUGACCACUAAGUUGCUUCAUUCUCCCAACACCCGUCAAUGCACGCAAGCCGACUCCCUAACACGACCAACCAACACGCAUCCACAAGGUCAUACUUCCAAUCGUAUAAAACACCAGCAGCCUCCCGUACUCGCCGAAAAAAGCCCCUCAACCACCCGCAACACCGUCAACUCCCUCGCCAGCAAACCCAAGUCAGCCCAAAUCCUCCUCCACAACCCGCUCCGCCGACCACGCCGCCCUCUUCCCCCUCGUCCACAACCACACCGCCGCCAGCCUCGUCACGAGUCACGAAGCCUGCCUCCCCAUCGGCGGAUACUCCUUGCCGUCCCUCUCGACCCUCGGCUCACACGUGCACCUCUCGUCGGCGGGGACGCCAUCCAUCACGGCGGGCACAUGGUUCCCGCACCCCCACCAGGUGGUUUUUUCUAA